AUGGCUUGUUCACCUUCUUUGCACAUGGCAAUUCUCCCAUGGUUUGCAACGAGACAUAUCUCAUCAUUUCUUCAACUCUCCAACAACCUUGCCGAAAGAGGACACUCAAUCUCUCUCUUCAUCCCAAAACACACACAUGCAAUCUUCCAACACCUCAAUCAACACCCUAGUCUCAUCUCCCUUAUCCCAAUCUGUGUUCCUCACAAUGAUCAUCAUGGCCUUCCCCAUGUUGCUGAAGCCACAUCAGAAGUUCCUUCUUCCACUGUCUCACUUUUGAUGACUCCAAUGGUCCUAUAUGAGAAGGACAUUGAAGUUCACCUCCUUGAGCUAAAACCAAACAUUGUGCUCUUUGAUCAUGCGUAUUGGGUGCCAAAACCACGUUUAACUCGGUGCUUAGGCAUUAAGUCUUUAGUUUAUUAUGUUAUAAGCCCUUCAUCAUUGACUUGUGAAUUAUCAUAUUUAUACCCUUCAGGGAUAUCUGAAGGGUACUACUGCAACAUAACUGAACACCAUCACCUCUUGCACGAACCAAAACUCCUUGCUGGAUCAGGAAGAGUUGAUCAUGGUAAAGGCAUUGUUUGCAUUGAACGUUGUACUAAUAGUACUCUAACUCAAUCUUAUGCAACCGGACUCAAAGGUUGUAGAGUGAUUGAAGGAGCUUAUGUUGAUUAUCAUAGGAGGCAUGUGUCGCUUCAAGAACAUGUUAUUAUCCCAAAGGAAACAACAUGCCAUUCUGAGAAAAAUUGGGCUAACUGGCUUGGAAAUUUUGGAACUGGCUCUGUGGCUUAUUGUUCAAUUGGUAGUGAGUGCACUUUAAAACCAUGUCAGUUUCAGGAACUGCUAUUGGGGCUUGAACUAUCAGGCAUGCCUUUUGUGGCAUCACUUAGACCCCCUAAGGGUUUUGAGUGUGUGGAAUCAGCACUUCCAAAAGGUUUUAAAGAGAGAGUUCAAGGAAGAGGGGUUGUGAGUGGUGGAUCUGUUCCUCACCAGUUCAUUUUGGAGCACCCUUCUGUGGGGUGCUUUGUUACCGUUUGUGGGUACUCAGGGUCUUUGUCUGAGGCACUGGUGAACAAGUGUCAGCUGGUAUUGUUGCCAAAUCAUGGUGAAGGGGUGUUCAAUGCAAGGGUCAUAGGAAACACCUUGAAGGUUGGAGUGGAAGUCGAGAAGUUGAAGACCAUUAAGAUGGUUUGUUUACCAAAGAAAGUGUGUGCAAAACUCUGA